GGAAAACAGCAACGACUGAGUGAGUAGGAGCCUUGUCGUCAGUCAGUGCCGUCGGUGUUGUUGACACAUCCCAUGCACGGCGGCGAGAGAGAGCGGGGGAAGGAUGGCGGAGGCUCGCCCGAGCCGCCGCCCCUCUCACAGGCCAUGAAGGAGUGAGCACACCACCUGCCACACCGCACUGGAUGAUUCACACCACACGAAGGCGACAGACGAUUGAUUGUGUCCUCCUUUCUGUCUCUGGUUGUGUAUUGUGGGUGUGUCGGUGUGUGUGCGUCGGUCAGUUUGUAUUAUGAUUUGUUGAGCGGCAAGGGUGCGCAGAGCAAGAGCCGGACGCCGGCAGAGAUCGACCACGCCGAGAAGUUCCAGGAGGAGCUGCAGGAGGAGUACCAAAGGCAGCUGCAGCGCGAGCGGGACCACAAACUCAAAGAGGAGAAGAAGUAAUCAUCACUCACACACACACAGCCAUGGCAUCAUGGCCACCAACACAGCCAUAACACUGCAUGCCUCACGUUCUGUUGUCUGCUCUCUCUCUGUUGGUCUUCCGUUUGUUUGUGUGUAUUUACUGUCUGUCCUCCCUCCCUCCAUUUCCGCGGAGAUGCGGCCUACGCUCUCUGUGCUGCCACGAUAUCAACGGCCGACAUGACUGACUGACAUGGACAUGAGCACACCCCUCCCUCCCUCCCUGUCUCAUCAAUCACCCGAUGACCGAGCCGCCGCUGAUGCUGCUGCUGGUGGUGCUGGUGCUGGUGCUGCAGGCGCAUGAAGAAGCUCAAGAAGAAGUCCAAGAAGGAUGGGCGGGGCGAUGACAGCCGGCGGGGAGGCAAUGGUGGUGGUGGUGGUGGUGGCGGCAGCGAUGAGGAUGAGGAGGGCGAUGACUUCUUCAUGAUGGACGCGAGCAUCAGGGCGGCGCGGGAGGAGCAGCGCAAGGCCGACAAGAGGCGCCAGAAGGAGAAAGAGCGAGAGAGGGACAAAAAGAGGAAGCGCAAGAGGCGCGACAGCAGCGACAGCGACGACAGCGACAGUGACGAUAGCAGUGACAGCGAGGUGGGUAUGUGUGUGGUGCCCUUCUUGAUCUCUUUCUGACUCUCGGGGUGUGUGUGUGUGUGUGUGGAUUGGAUUAUCAGGAUCGUCACCGCAAGAAGCGCCGGUCUGACAAGAAGAAGAGCCGCAAGGACAAGAAGGCCAAGAAGAAACGACACGGCAGCGGCGACAGCAGCUGAGGGAGGUGGUCAGCUGUGGUUGGUGUACAAGUUGAGUUGAGUUGUGUUGUGUGGGUAGCCGGCCGAGUAUCCUUUUGGUAGGCAGGCAGGCUGCCUAACAGGCUGUCAGCGGUGGUUAAUUAGCUCAGCUUCCGGAGGGACAAGGGCGGG